CCCUCCACCUUUUUUUGCCGCCCACUCGGUCACCGGGCACAGCAUGACAGCCCUGGUCGUCUUGCUAAACCGGGGUUACCAGACGGCCAGCUGCGAUUAUGUGGGUGCGGUGAGCUCGGUGCCGUCGAAGUGGACGGUGGUGUGCAUGGCUGGGUUGGUGGCGAGGGAGUGGAGUGAGGGGUGGGUGGGCGACAGUCUGCUGAUGAUCGUCUGAGUGCCCAGCAGAGGCGACAGGUGGCCGAAGAUGAGCGUGUCGGGCAGCGCCAGCAGACGGGGAGGGGGCGGGGUCUGAAGACAAGAGAACGGAAAAGAACUCAGACGGGCACGUGAGUGUGUUCAUCGCACCUGAUCCCAAGAAAGACAUCCAUGCAUAUACACAUACAUAGACACACAGCCCCGAUAAACGAGACACUCUCAGGUCACAAAUGCAGCUACAUGUGACUCAAGUCGCUGCGUGUUGCCGGGAGAAAGCAGUCAGUGAUCCGUCGCUGCGUCGGGUCAUCGACAGCCCCGAUGCGGCGGACCUCUACACGACAGUCGUACCCCAGUGGGGGCAGCUCAAUCGCCUCCCAACCCAGCCCGUGCAACGCUAGGAAGAAAAGGCGGCUGCGGACACGACCGAGCGCGUCAACCGAUCGCAAGUACCAACACGGAGUGGUAUGCAGCGCAUCGAAGAUAUACGACGAGCUGUCUUCCUUUCCGCCUCUGUCUCCCUCCGGCCACACAAUCUCACGGCAUUCGAGGACGAUUCGAUCUAGACAGGGAAAAUUGUGGAUGGCGGCCAGACACGCACCUGCCACAUCCCCACAAUACACCCACGGCUCGCCGUGUACAUCAUCCGACAGGUCGACCUCCAGAGUGAUGUGGCGAAUGCGCUCUCUGAGCCCCUCUCUCUGGUCUGACUGGCCUGUCUGCUCCUCAAAAGCGAGGGAGCACACCGACGGCGAGAAAACGCCCAUCAUGUGCAGACACGGGCCUAUGCUAUCGCACUCAGGCACAGAGGAAGUGGACGAGCGCCCCGAGCCACCCGAAGUGAACUCGAUUGUCUCCAGCGCCCUGAGCAUCCCCACCGCGUCAAUUGCCCACGCCAUGGACUCCCCCGUGGUGUCCUGCAUCGGCAAGAGGAACGUGGUCACACUGGGGAAGGCGUGGCUCAGCUUCGACACGAGUCCGUCUAUGUGGGUGUCGACCCCCACCAAACGUGUCGCACGGUCAAAAACGGCCGAUGAGAAGAGAAGGGACACGUUGAUGCAGAAGCCACGGUACCCUUCUAACGUGUCGACCAAGGCCGAGUCGAAGACCAAGUCGACGCUGGCAUGGACAUGCAGAUACAGACAAGCAGACACGCACAACAGGGACAUGUGGUUCCAUCCAUCCGUCCAUCCAUCCAUUUCCUGCUCCUUGCCGACCUGGUCACAACUGAUGCGAGGGCAGCGAGGGAGGGGGCGAGUAUGGCCAUAUCGGCCAGCAGGGCGGGCUCCGCGAGAACGGCGGUAGAGAAUGUGAGAUCGCCGGUAGUGUGCAGGUUGACGGCGGGAGCGGGAGCCGUCCAGUGCUUCCGAAUCCAAUGCAGCUCCUUACAGAGCACACACCAAUCAGCGGAUACGAACGUGGCUUUACGCCCCUGAUCCACUCACUCACCUCUAUGUGGGAUGUUGUGACAUUCUCGCCCACGACGGUGGCAUGCAGCGACUCCACUUGAGGCCGGCUGAUGAGCGGCGAGGGCUCUCCGGGGAUCGGUGAUCCCGCGACCUUGACGCCGUGGAGGUACUUGACGGACGGUGACAGGAUCUCGCUCGCCACAACAUGCCGCAGGGCCCACGGCUCGCUUGGCGGGGCGUCAGGGUCAUGGCUGGUGUGUUCGAGGGUGAUGUGGUGAGGCCCAGGCGACCACCGCUUCCAUGAGGCAGCGAACGGGGCCUCGGCGAGCCGCCCGUGCCAAUCUUCGCCAUCAAAGGUCUCGUCCCUGAUGUGCAGGUCUUGUACCGCUCUGCAAACAAACCAAAUGCGUGUGGCAUGGCCGUUCUAUCUCUCUGUGCUUUAGCGGUGGUGCUGCUUACGUGAGCCCCCAGGUACGCUUGCAGGGCACCCUGAUCCACCAGCCGCCCACCUUGACUGGCAAAGGACGCACAAAACAACAACAGAGUCCGAUAGCGCAUCAGCCACUCUCCUACAAUUUUUCGCUAUUCACCCUUCGUCAGUUUGGGGAAGAUUAGCGCCCCCUGGCCCUUCUGCCAGCCCUGCCGCGGGCAGUAGCAGAGGCCGUCGUCCUCAGGAAUCUCCGGGAUAGAGUACGAGUCCACAUCCAGGCUCUCGAGCGUCACACGCAUCGCCUCCACCAUCUUGGCUGCCCACUCGUAAACAGGCCACCGCACGAAGGCGUUCUUCGCCUUGCUGAGCCGGGGCAGCCAGGCGGACAGCUCUUGCUCGUCAGGAUCGGUAUCGGUGCCUGGUCGCUCCGAGCCGUCGAAGUGGACGGUGGUGUGCAUGGCUGGGUUGGUGGCGAGGGAAUGGAGUGAGGGGUGGGUGGGCGACAGUCUGCCGAUGAUCGUCCGGGUGCCCAGCAGAGGGGAGAGGAUGGUGAAGAUGAGCGUGUCGGGCAGCGCCAUCAGACGGGGAGGGAAUACGGCCUGAAGACAGACACACACAGACACACGCCCACACGCAUACACUCACCGAGCCUCACUCAGAAUGAUGGCUGGUGCUGUGUUGCAGCUACCUACCGGUUUGGCCAGGAACUGUUCGACGAUCUGCAGUUUCUCCUCAGCUAAAGCGAUGAGGGCAUCCUGCUCGGCCAGGGAGUCCUCUCGGCGGAUAUCCUUCAUGACGCUGACACAGAUGCGGUACUGGGCCCACAGAUGCUGAAGGUAGGUACACACAAAGACACACAAAAGGCACAAAUAGAUGGGAUGCGGCGUGAGUGCCUUAGAAUUGAACACACCUCUUGCUGCUCUCUCGACAGAAGGUUAUCGUUGCCGAGCAGGCCCGCGUGCGCUUCCAACUGGACACACAGGACAGGACACUCUGCUGCAGAGAGGCCCUUCUUGUACUUGUGUGACAUUCUCACCCUGCGCUGGAUGUCGCUAAUCCUUUGUGCUCGGCGGUGAUAGUCAUCGGCUGUCCGCCGCACCUCGGCCACACACCGCUGCAGCUGGGCAGCCAUCUACGCCGGGCAGGCAGACACUGCAAUGCACCAGACAGACAGACAGACAGGCAGACAGAUAGACAGAGGUGCAGCCGAAUUCUUGACGACCGUCGUUGUGUGCUCUCUCUCACCUCUCACAGGUUCUGAUGCAUGUAGGUACUACACCUCCACCCACUCCGAUGCCCCGCAGAUCCCGUGGAUCAACAUGCUUUUGUUUCGAGUUGUCGCCCGUAUGCCGAGGUGAGAGAUGGUGCUGUGCGGCGAAAGGCGUCGGCCACCGAACGCCACGCCCAUGCGCUGCAGCAUGUCAGUCAGCGGCCAUCACUGUUUCUCUCGAGCUGUUUCACUGAUCUGCCGAAGCGAGCGCCGUGUUCGGCGAACACCUUCC